ACGUGAAGCGCGCACUCUGGUUUGUGCAACCUAUGGUAUAUGGUAUAUGACUUUGGAUGUUUUGUUGACAUACUGUAAUAUUGUCGUGCGCUGUACUCGUAAAAGUAGCUAAGCUGCCGCAUUUCGGUGAGGUUUCUUGAGUUUCGUUCGUUACGAUGGACCGUUCGAUUUUGACAAUGUCAUCUAACAACACAAUCUCACCGAAUUGUUUGAAACUUGUUAAGGCUUCUUCUGAUGACCGUGAUGCCCGAGUCAUAUCAUCUCGGAUGGGUAUGACUGUUCCGGAAUUCAUGAACGUUCUGGGUUAUUCGAGCACUACUGAACAAAAUGUAUCUAAUUCAAGUAGUUUGGUAUGGCCCAAACAUACAGAAUUAGAGGUCAGAGAUCCUUGGUCAUCAGUUUAUCAAUAUGAACCUACUGAUGUCAGCUGGUGCAUUCGUUUUAAAGCACUAGGGUGUUAUAACUUUAUCCCACCUCCUUUCAUAAACCGCCCGCACAAAGUGCCAACAACUCCCAUCCCGGUCCCUGAUUUUAACAAAAGUACGCCUACAAUUGACCAAGUAUCUCCCGGUAGUAGGACAAUACAUACACUCCAGAAGAUAUGUACAUCCGAAAAAUCAAAUGUGGCCUCAGAGACUAUCACAUUAGCUGAGCGUCAUAAGCUAUGGGAAGAUCUGUUAUUGUCUGAUAGCGAAGAAGAAAAUGAAGAGAAACCAAGACCAAGAACAUCGUCUAGAACUAUUGCCGUGGAGACACCAGUGGAUAACGGUGAUAUGUUGAUCAAGCCAGGUGAUAAAAGCACGUCGGAGAGCCUUUCCAUUCUCAAUCAUGCACUACGUCCACCACCACCUUUCGUCAGUCCACUCUCCAUUCUAAAUGGUGACGGUUCUGGAACAGAAUCUCCUAUUCCAAAUACUCAAAAUGGCUUUAUAGAUCUACCGCAAAUUGAUGUCAGUAAACAAAAUCCUCUUGACUCGAAGAUAUCUGGGCGUAUUUCUGAGGCUCCGACCGAGUGUGUUGUGAGCAAAUCUGAAAAUCCAAUGUACUUAUCUGGAAGUCGACCGUCUCCUUUAACUACAGAAAAUCCAUUACGAAAACAUUAUCCAGAAGAUUUGAGGACGUCAGUUCCAAUCAACAGUUCAAGUGAUAAUAACAACAACUUCUCUAGCAGGUUGACAACAGUUACAAGCACUACGACUCCAAAAUUGACAAUACAGAAACCGAUUCCAGUGUUGAGUGAUAAAUCCAAUUCCAACCAUGAUAUCGUAGUUAAGCCCCGUACUGAUACAAUAACAAAGGGGGCAAGCGAAUAUUUCAAUGAGCAUUGUAAGGGUCCUGAAACCAAAAAAAAUUUCAUCCAACGUUUGCUUUUAGAAUCAGAACAGUUUUUAACUCAGAAAGACUGUCUGAUCACAGAGCUCAGCCCAAUCCAUCAUAAUGACCCAGUUAAUAUACUUACAAAACCAUCUCAGGUAAUUGAAGAAAAAUCUGUGUUUACUGAACAAAAGUCGGAAAACGUAACCAAUUCUCCUAAUGCUCAUCGAACACCAUCAGAUGAUUCUAAUUCAAAAAUCAACUGCAAAUCAUCGCAUCAAGAAUGUACUCGCUCAGAUGGUAAGAAUGUAACACCUGAAAAAUCAAAAACAAUGGGUCACCAAUCGUUGUUCCAUUCUAACCGUCGAAAAGAUGUUGAAAAAGUAGAAGCUCGAACUGAAGAUAAGACUUUUAAACUUAAUUCUGUUUUCGUUACUCAGGAAGGAUCGAAUGAAUCAUCCACUAACCGUAAUUGCCUUUCUAGUUUAUCAUGUGCCGUUGAUGAAUACAUCCCACCUACUGCAAACUUAAUACCAGUAUUGGCGAAACCUAUCGAUACAUUAGAAAAAGAGCUCAACAGAUCAGAUGUCAAUGGAAUCACGGAAAAGAAGACGGGUAUUAAUGAAGUUCAGAAUCUUCCUACAAAUAUGGAUCAAUCUCAUAGUUAUAUGAAUAAUUCCAGUAGCAUGCCACCGCCAGCUCACGAUUCCACUGGUAAGAAGCUAAAAAGGCGAUCAAAAUGCAGCUCAAAACUUACAGUAUCCAAGGAGUCAGUCACAACAUCUAGUUUUGAGUUAUCUACUUAUGAACAACCACAAAAUGAUUCCGAUAUGAAGAAGGAUAUAGAUGAUUCUGUUUCCUUAGUUCAGAAUACUGUGGGUAUUUAUCCCCUUCGUGAUAUCCCGUUUGAUUGUUGGAUAUUUUCUGACUUGACGGUAACCAAAGUUCGUAAUAAAAUACAACAGUCCUUCUCUCGGACGUCAAGUUCCUCACCUAAAAAUGAAGAGGUUCCCAUUAACUUUUCCUCGUCUGAUUAUCAUUUAAUUAAGAAAAUGAGAGAUAUUUUGCGUGGUGCUGUUGAAAAUGACAGUUCAGUAAUCUCCAGGACCAACCAGAGUAGACGUACUCGUUCCAGGUCACUUACAGGUAUUUUGCUCGUCCCACCACCCAGUUUCACUGCAUCAUCUGAAACGAAACAAUCACCCCAUCUGGCAGACGAACCUUCGUCUCAUAAGAGUUAUCAUGAUAUUUACACAAUGACGUCGCCUCAUCUUAAUCGAACUACCAUCUUAAAUGAUGUAGAUGUUCAAUGUGACAUAUGGCCUAGUAGUAGUAAUAAUAAUAAUAAUUUGAUAUCUAGUCGUUUUGUUUCACAGUGUUCCGUUGGUAUAAUUAGCACUCCUACUCAAAAGCCUCUUGGUACUGUGCCCCCAAUUCUCCGUGAUCCAGUCUGUGAUCUUACUAACUUGUCAUCAAAUAUUGUUCAGAAUUUACCGCAGUUGGGUAGUCAAUCACUCUCAUGUAUGAAUCUCUCUGAUAGUUUGCUCUUUAUUGAGGAACAAUUUGGCAGGAUCAUCAAACAGGAGAAUGAAAAACUACAGGAUAGUAACCCAUCGAGUGAAAUAUUCAAAGCAGAAGAAUGUAAAUUCGAAGCAUCUAAAUGCUGGAAAGCGUUAGUUAGCGCUAUAUCCUCUUGUUCUCGUGAUAAUAGUUCUAGUGAAGUACCAAAUCGUUCACAGAUGCUUCUUAAUUUACAACCGCUUCAUGAAUAUCCAGUACAAAUGACUAGAUCAGUAAAACACUAUUUAGCUGCUGCAUACAUCUUUGAAUCGAAAAAUGAAAUACUCAGGGCUAUUGAUAUGCUUACUGAAGCAGCUAAUCAGAUUCAACAUUGUGUUCGUCGAAUGCAUCGAGUCGAAGCAAAAUUAACUAAACGUCGUAAUCAUCGAACUGAAGUAGGGAAUUCUCCUGAUACAAAUGAAUUAACAAUCAAAGUUAAACGCGAUGCUAGUUGGAUGUACCUAUGGUAUUAUGUUUUAAUGAGAAUCAAAGCUGCCGUUGGAUUUCAUACAUAUCGUCUAAGAUUACAGUCGAUAGACAACUUGCGUGAAGAGAUAGAUGCAAAUCUUUCCGUGGUAAAACAGCACAUUCCUAACAUAAAUGAUAAUAUUAGUUUGCCAAAAGUUUCGGAUAGUCCUUCAUCAAAACCAUCUUCAAUUAAGUCGAAAGUUACAUCUAAUUCGUCUUCUGAAGGCGAGAAUUUGAAGAUGUUGGAAUCUUUAGUUGUCCAGUUUUCUCGUUUUAAUCAAUUAACAUCUUGUGUAUAUAGUGCAAUGAUAGAAUGGCAACAGGCUGAUGAACUAGUUACAAAGGUUCCAUAUCUUAAAUCAUCCGUUGGACGUAAAUCAGAAGGUUCAACUGACACUGUCGGUUAUACUUCAUUUUCAGGACAUUUAAGACCAAUUCAUACUAUAGAUAUUGACAUCGCCAGUUCAUCAGAAGGAGCAUAUAUCAAUACUUCUCAAAUUCCCAUUCUUAUUUUGUUACGUUAUAUGGAUGGAAUUUUUCAUGUUCAUCCACUUAUUAUUGAUCAGUUGAAACAUCCUUCUAUACAAGAAUCAUCUCAGUUGAAAAAUAAUAGUUCAAGUGAAAUUCAAAAUCUAUCUACUGUUUCACAAGAACAAAAGUUUGUAACUCCGAAUUCCACCUUGAUAACUGACUCAGUUCCAGUAUCUGAUACGAUUUUGUCGACAGUCUCUAGAACUCCUAACAAACAACACCAGCCAUCAAAUAAUUUUGCACAAUCAAAGUUCGAAAAUACUGAAGCUAAUAACGUUAGCUGCCAUUCAGAACCUCCCAGUACUCAUGGUAUCAGUGAGCGGCUUUUGAAAAAGAAGUCUCACAAGAAACACUUUUCUGAUGCUAACCCGUCCCCAAGCUUAGUUUCUUCAUCUGUUGCGAAACAAUUCUCACUUCAUCAUUCCAGUGCUUUAGAUGAAAACUGUUCUGAUACCUCUGUACCUUCCUCUAAGCCUGAUAUACCCAAUAUUCCUAAACGGAAAUCUAAAAGACGACGUUUACUGCAGUCCAAUGAGUCAACAGAUAUAUUACCCUUACCUAUAGAUGCUUCUUCAACUAAUACAGAUACUGAUUUGGAUAGUUAUGGACGAUCAGCUCCUUUUAAUAAGUGCAAUGUAUCACCUGGGAAAAAAUCCCAUAAGCCUAAAACUGUACGUAAAUUAAAUAACCUCGAUCCAGAGUGCUUUGAAAAUCGGAAGCUCGAUCGUAUUGAUAACUCAAGUUCACAGGAACGUGGAUCGUAUGCAGAUGGUCACUUAUUUUCCACAAAAAAAUCAAAACGAUCGCACACACACACGGAACAUUUAAAACCUAAUUGUAAUAUGGUUUCACAUCCUUGUAGAAUUAUUGCUUCUGAUGAUCAGUCGCCUGGUGCUUCUCCUCCUCCAUCACGAAAAUUUUGUCGCAGCAAGAGUGUAGCACCGAUCGCACCGAAAUCUCCUUCUAGUCAUAUCAGUUCACUUUCAAAUGUACCUAAUGUAAAUUGUCCUAUUUCAGUUGAAGAUAAUACUUAUCAGCCGAAAAGAAUUAAACCAUUACAUUCUAAAGUACACGGUCGACGCAUUUCCGAUUCUCAAUCUCCUGAUUCUGACUCUUUCCCAACACCAACCUAUAAACCAUCGAUCCCCGUAGAUUCUCCAGAUGCAAAGAGCAAACAUGGUCAACGUCGCCGUUCUCGUUCAGUUCAUCUUUCAUCAUCAAGGCGAAAAAAUGAGUCACCUGUAGAAGUCCCUAGCAAUGUUAACGCAUCUGAGUUGUCACAAGACUCCAUAGGUUACAGUCCAACUAAAAGAAGUCUAAUAAACGGUGGCGCUUCAAAUAUACCUGACGCAAAUACUUUACCUGUUUAUCAUGUUUCUCACAUUUCCCCAAGUCCACCUCCUAAGUCACAACAUAAAAACAAGUCUAGUAACAGUCAAAAUGAUUUAGUUCGAUCUAAAAGUUCUCACCAUUCUAACUUUAAAUCACAAUCAUCAUCUGAAGUCCCACCAUUUUAUGCCCGUUGGAUUAAGGAGCCUUCUAGUACGGAUCGCUUUUCUGGUACUUCAUCAAAUAAUAGUAGUAAUAGCAAAAAACACCACGCACAAUGGUAGCUUGUAUACGUAGAGACAGUUCCUCUUUCAAAAUUUAGAAAUGUUAAUACCAACAUAUUUAUGAUCCUGACUUUUGGAAUUUAUCGGUCUUUCAUCACAUAACAUUGUAUCAUGUUGUGAAUUGUAUUAUCUUCAGUACGCACUCAAUAUUAACUUUUUUUUCUUUCCUACUCGUAUUUUUUCUGUUUUUCACUGGGCUAUUUUGAAUAGUGAAUUUCAACUGUAUUUUACGAUUAUCAACCUACUGAUUUCAGUACAAUUUCUUUCUAAAUAUGUGCUGUAAAUCAUCUUAUUUCUCCUUUGACAAUACCUUAAUAGAUCACUGUCAAAAGUCAUCAGGUACAUUAUACUACCCUAACUACCGCAUUUGAUAAUUCAAAGUAUAUUAAUCUAACUAUUAUUAUGUCACCGAAUUGCCACAUUUAUAAUAAAAAACUUCACUAUCCCCCUGUUAGCCUUGUUCUUUAUUAUACAUAGAAUACUUUCUGCAAAAUGGAAAUUUAUAUCAUUCAUUAUUUGGCUUGAUCGGUUGCUUAAUUUCAGUAUUUCAAUUCUUUUUGUUAGAGAAAUAAAUAUAUACAUAUAGAAGUGUUUUUCCCUGUAUACAAUUAUUCCCGAACAUAUAUAUUUUCUAUUUACUUAUACAUAUAUAUAAUUCAGUGAUAAAAUCAGGGUUGUUUUCCUCGUCAAUCGUGUUCCUCUCCUGCCACUUCUUUUGUUUUGUCUCAUGUACUUUUUUCACACGUUUUAGUGUGACUUUCCUUCGCUAUGAUCAUGUCAAUAAAACUGGUUUAAAAGAAUCAAGAUUAAAUGACAAAUUACAUAAAUGUAUUUUUGUUUUUCCUAAGUCUUCUCCUUGUCCUUUCUUUCUUUUUGUUGUUACUAUCGUUUUCUGCCUUUUCUUAUUUUUAAAGAAUUAUUUUGUAGCAAAAAUGACAGUUGGAAUAAGAGUGAAUGAUAUUCUGUUUGAUUUAACCUUAUGCCUUUUUGUUGAUUUCUAUGAUAGUUUGGUGGAUUUAAUAGAAGUAACGUCUGUAUAUGAAAAGACAUGGUGAUAUUGUCUCAGCUUUAAAUGUAUAUAAACGUGAAUUGUAAGUAUAAUAAGUAUAACAGGCAUUAUUUUGUAUAA